CAGACGUUUCUACAGUCAGGAAAGCAGUUAGCAAGAACAUCCUGCAACACAACUUCAAGCGCUGCCUUCGCAUUAGUGCCAACCAUGCUGGCAGCCUUAACUCUGGCCUCCUUGAGCCUCUUGGUGUGGGCGUCUAACCUCUGCCCCCCAACCUGCCAAUGUCUCUACAAUCUGUCGGCUAUAGCGUGUCAGAAUAAAGGACUGAACCAGAUCCCCAAGCUGCCAGAUGGCACAGAGAAGCUGUACGUCUCAUACAACGAGAUACAGGAAAUACCUUGGCGUGGGCUGGAGAAGCUGCAGGUCCUGGACCUGACUAAGAAUCAGCUGAAUGUCUUCCUAUCCCUCAACCCAGUUUGGCCCAGUAUGACGAAGCUGUCUAAGCUCUUGCUACGUGGUAAUGGUCUGACGGUUCUACACCCUGGUCAGUUCCUCAACUGCCCUGCUCUCAUAAUACUGGACCUGAGUGAGAACCAGAUCAAAUAUCUACCAAUCGGAUUCCUCCGUGGAUUGGCUAAUCUGAAGACACUGUAUGUGAACUUCAACCAGAUUCAAAUGUUACAGGUUGGUGGAUUGGAAGGAGCCUUUGCUCUCGCUGGCCUCUACUUAAGCCAUAAUAACAUAACAAAGAUAGAGGAAGGUGUGUUCAAGAACUCAACUGUGCUGGAGAAACUUUUUCUGUCCAAAAACAGAAUCACAAGUGUGGAUGAGGCCAGCUUCAAAGGAGCGACGGGUCUCCUACACCUCGACCUGAGUGGCAACAUGCUGGUCACUGUUCCAGCUGCAGCACUGAGGGAUGUAAACAGGCUCAGGCAUCUGUAUCUACAGUCAAACAGCCUCAGCACCCUUCCAGAGGAAUGCUUCUCCUCACUGAGCCUGUUGGUUAUUCUAUACUUGAGAAACAACAAGCUGACCACUCUGUCUGAGGGAUCCCUGAGAGGUCUGACCAUGCUGAAAGAGCUGGACCUCAGUGUCAACCUCAUAGAUUCUCUUCCCUCUAAAGUCUUCAACAACCUGAGCAGCCUUGAGUCUCUUGAUUUGUACAGGAACAGACUUACAUCUCUUUCUCUGGAUGUAUUCAGUAACUUGAAAAACCUGAAAGAGCUGCAGCUGGACAGCAAUCAGAUCUCUGCCAUACCAGUUGGGGUGUUUGAUCGGCUGUCCAGCCUCAAAGAGCUACAGCUGUCGAACAACAGCAUCCAGGAGCUGCACCAUACUAUUUUCAACAAGCUCAAGUCACUACAGAACCUGUACUUGGAGCACACCUCUCUUAGGCACCUUCCCAAAGGUGUUUUCCACAAGAUGAGGAACCUCAAGGAAAUACACCUCAGUGACAACCACAUCAAGUCUCUACAUCCCUCAGUCUUCCAUGGUUUGGUGAGACUACAUUUGUUGAGUCUCUCCCGCAACCGUCUCUCCUCUCUACACCAGGACCAGUUCAGAGACCUUGUCAGUUUAAAAGAGUUAAAACUAGAUGAAAACCGCAUAGAUAACCUUACCACAGGCCUGUUCAUGAAUCUAACACAUCUUAUAACACUGGAUCUGGAUAACAACCGCAUCUCAGAGCUGUCUCCUCAUGACUUUGUAAGGUUGACCCGCCUUAAAGAGCUCAUGCUGAACUUCAACCAGCUCCAUGACAUCCCUUUCAUCACCUUCUAUUUCCUCCACAACCUCCGCAGGCUUAUGCUAAAUAACAAUAGCCUGGACAGUUUACACCCUCAGCUCUUUGCCCGACUUUCAAACCUAACAGAACUCCACUUGGAUGGAAACAAGCUGGAUCACUUGCCGCCUGAUGUAUUUCGAGGACUUUCAAAUCUCCAGAAACUGAGUCUAAAGUCCAACCGGCUCAGAUCAGUGGAGCAUGGCACUUUUGAGUUCUUAAGAAACCUGAGUGCCGUCUAUCUGUCAGGUAAUCUGUGGGAUUGCACCUGUGCACAUAUUGUCUACAUCAGCUGCUGGGUCAACACGCACAGAGACAAGCUCCGAGACCAACCCACCUGCUUCCUCGCCUCAUCGUCAAACUCCACUUCUUCACGCUCUUCGUACUCACCCUUCACCAGCUCUACUCAGGAUACACCGGUCUCGCAGGAAACUCUCUCUCCCCUGUUGUUACAAAAUCAUUGCAUUACAAGUGCUGCAAGUGGCUCAUCACCUUCACUUCCUCUGGAAAUGCUGAAUCUGCUCACAUUUGUUCUUGUAGCUGUCAGCCCACUGUGACAUCCUUUGUCGCGGUUAAGUCCUCUUCUUUGCUUUUCAUGUCUGUUCUUGUCUUCUAAGUAUUUGCACCACAAUCUCAAUGUAUUGUUAGUCUGAAUACUACUGUGUGAGAUUCAUUCAAGGAAAAUUUACACUAGAAUAACAUGAUCCUGCAAAAGUGUAAUAUUUGAAAGCAUUAAGAGGAUUCUUGCAGAACUGAGAAAUAACGCUUAAGACAAUUAAAUCUGGGUAUAUUAAACGUGAAUACAAACAUUUAUGUUUUGGUAUGCAAAUUCUAGCACAAAUACCUCAACACUGGACAUCAUGGACUUCUAGUGACUCCUGGUUUUGUAUCUUGAUGAUAUUAUGAGUUAGAGUCUUACUUAAAGGCAGUGAGGGUUGAGCAUGUGUUCAUAAAUACUGUGAAAAUAAUUGUCGAGUGUGUUUGUGUGUGUGCAUUUGAUUUGGACAGCAUACCACUCAAAAAGAUUUUAAACUCUUUAUGCUUCUUCCCUACGGAAGCCCUAAAGGGCCAUGCAUUCAUACAUUUUAUUUCCUCCGUUUUCCCGUGAUAAUUUUCUCGAGAUCUUAUUAAAGUGUUUCAUGCGCCCAUGAUGAAAAAAAACAUACUUAAUAUCAAGCAUUUCUACUGCACCAAUGUGGAGAAAUACCACAACAAAAGUUCCAUAUUUGUACCUCCAAGUGGCAUCUUUUCAUAUAUUUGAGGUACUGUAAAAACAGGUACAAAUAUGGAAUUUAAUUGUUGUAUUUCUCCAAAUUGGUGCAGUAAAAAUGCUUGAUAUUAAGUAUACUUGUAUUCUUGUAUGUGUAGAAGUCAAAUAUACCAUCCAUAGCCAGGAAUUAUUGAGCAAUAUGUUUUUACAGGAGGAAAUAAAAUGCAUGAAUGCAUGGCCCUUUAGGGCUUCCGUGUCUUCCAAUGCAUUGUAAAAAUCGAUAAAAUAAAACUCACAAGGUUUAAAUUUCAA